AUGGCUUCGGCCAAGCUCGUGCCGUUUCCUUUGCUCGUGCUGCUCUUUCUGUCCAUCUGCAAUGCCGCCAGCUCUGCCAGCUUAGUCGAAGAGACUAACAGCUCGCUGAAGAGCUCCACCGGUGCACCUGGGGCCAACUCCGUUGUGUUCAACAUCAACAACUACGGUGCCCGUGGCGACGGGAAGCACGACGACACCCAGGCGCUAGACAAGGCAUGGAAAGCGGCGUGCUCCUCUUGGCGGCCGGCAGUGCUGCUAGUUCCCAAGGGCAAGAGCUACCUGGUCAAGUUCAUCGCUCUCUCCGGACCAUGCAAAUCCAGCAUCGUCUUCAUGGUGAAGGGCACGCUGGUCGCUCCUCGGAGCAGGUCGGCAUGGAGGGAGAAAAACAGGAGGCACUGGAUUGUUAUCCAGCGCAUCGCCGGUCUCACUGUUACCGGCGGUGGUACGAUCAACGGCAAAGGCAAGAUUUGGUGGAAGAACUCUUGCAAGACCAACAAGGCUCUGCCUUGCAAGGGCGCUCCGACGGCUUUGACAUUUCAUCUCUGCAACAAUCUCACGGUGGAGAACCUGAAAAUUCUAAACAGCCAGCAGAUCCAUCUGUCGGUUGAGGAUUGCAGCAACGUGCAAUUGGCGCGUUUGUCAAUCACGGCACCCGGUACCAGUCCGAACACCGAUGGCAUCCACAUCACUCACAGCAGAGAUGUGCAAGUCAGAGACUGUCUUAUCAAGACCGGCGACGACUGCAUGUCCAUCGAGAGUGGAACCCAUAAUCUUCAUGUCACCAGAGUUGUUUGCGGUCCAGGACAUGGCAUCAGCAUUGGAAGCUUAGGUGAUGAUAAUUCCAGAGCCGAAGUUUCCCGUAUUUACAUUGACACCGUACGGUUGUAUGGUACAACCAACGGAGCCCGGAUCAAGACGUGGCAGGGAGGUAGUGGAUAUGCAAAGGAUAUCGUAUUCCAGAACAUGAUCAUGGAUAAUGUGCAAAACCCAAUAAUAAUUGACCAGAACUACUGCGACUCGGCCAAGCCGUGCAAGAGUCAAGAAUCGGCAGUUGAGGUGAGCAACGUGGUGUUCAAAAACAUUAGAGGGACUACCAUUUCCAAGGAUGCCAUUAAGUUGAGCUGCAGCAAGAAUUUCCCAUGCUCUGGCAUUGCCUUACAGGACAUCGACCUCAAACUGCAAGGUGGCAAGGGCCUUCAGUUUAAAAAAAAGGGUGACACUGAAAGCACAUGUCAAAAUGCAAAAUGGAGAAAAUCAGGAAACGUUGUUCCACUACCCUGUAAAAGUAACGAAUCCGAGUAG